AUGGGAAUACUUUUAGUUGGACCACCAGGGACAGGAAAGAUGCUUCUUGCUCGAGCUGUGGCUGGAAAAGCUGAUGUUCCUUUUUAUUAUUCUUCUGGAUCAGAAUUUGAUGAAAUGUUUGUGAGUGUGGGAGCCAGCCGUAUUAGAAAUCUAUUUAGGGAAGCAAAAGCAAAUGCUGCCUGUGUUAUAUUUAUUGAUGAAUUAGAUUCUGUUGGUGGGAAGUGAAUUGAGUCUCCAAUGCAUCCAUAUUCAAGGCAGACUGUAAAUCAGCUUCUUGCUGAAAUGGAUGGCUUUAAACCCAGUGAAGGAGUUCUAAUAGGAGCCACAAGCUUCCCAGAAGUAUUCACUGUGGAUCCAGAAAUUGUAGCUCGAGGUACUGUUGGCUUUUCUGGAGCAGAGUUGGAGAAUCUUGUGAACCAGUCUGCAUUCAAGGCAGCUCUUGAUGGAAAAGAAAUGGUUACCAUGAAGGAACUAGAGUUUUCCAAAGAUAAAAUUCUAAUGGGGCCUGACCGUAGAAGCAUGGAAAUUGACAAUAAAAACAAAACCAUCACAGCAUAUCAUGAAUCCGGUCAUGCUAUUAUUGCAUAUUACACUAAUCAUGCAAUGCCUAUCAACAAAUCUCUGAUCAUGCCAAGAGGGCCAACAUCUGGACAUGUGUCCCUCUUGCCUGAGAAUGACAGACGGAAUGAAACUAGAGCUCAGCUGCUUGUGCAGAUGGAUGUUAGUAUGGGAAGAAGAGUGGCUGAGGAGAUUAUUUUUGGAACUGACCAUAUCACAACAGGUGCUUCCAGUGAUUUUGAUAUUGCAACCAAAAUUGCAAAGCAGAUGGUUACCAAAUUUGGAAUGAGCGAAAAGGGAAUAGCUAAUUUUACCCCUCCCUCAUGUAUCAAAUGAUGAUUUGACAAGUGUCUCCUUAUGAGACAGGGUUCUU